AUGUCGUGUCGUUGUGUGAUUGGUCGUUGUCGUUUUGUAGGGUGGAGUCUGUUUCAAGCGUUCGCAGCGUUUUGUGAGAUUGUUGAACGUUCUGGUAAACUUCUACGUCACGAGAUGGAAGGAAAUGUCGCUGAAGCUGCGAGGAAGGAAGAAUGGAAGAAGGUUCGACGACUGGUGAAACAAGGAGGGAACGUGAAUUGUGUGGAUGAAUCCAGACAUACAGCUCUGCAUUAUGCUAUCAUGCAUGGAAAUUCAGAUAUUUGUUCGUUCUUGCUGUCACGACGCGCGAACGUCAGUCAGACAGACGAGGAUGGAAAUACGCCGCUUCAUGACGCUGCUUAUCAUCAUUAUGUCGAUCUCUGUCAACUGUUAGUUGAUCACAAAGCUGAUGUUACUUCUGUUAACAAUAAAGAUGUAAAUGCAUUAAAUGAAAGUGGACAAACACCACUACAUACAGCAGCUGGUGGAGAGAAAGACUGUCCUGAAUUGUGUUCUAUUUUACUAAAACAUAAUGCCAAGAUUAAUGCAGUGGAUAAAGAUGGAAACCAACCACUACACUUGGCAUGUAAACGAGGUCAUACAAGAACAAUUCAUUUGUUACUCUCUAAUGGAGCAGAUGUAAAUGCAUUAAAUGAAAGUGGACAAACACCACUACAUACAGCAGCUGGUGGAGAGAAAGACUGUCCUGAAUUGUGUUCUAUUUUACUAAAACAUAAUGCCAAGAUUAAUGCAGUGGAUAAAGAUGGAAACCAACCACUACACUUGGCAUGUAAACGAGGUCAUACAAGAACAAUUCAUUUGUUACUCUCUAAUGGAGCAGAUGUAAAUGCAUUAAAUGAAAAUGGACAAACACCACUACAUACAGCAGCUGGUAGAGUGAAAGACUAUUGGCAUACAAGAACAAUUCAUUUGUUACUCUCUAAUGGAGCAGAUGUAAAUGCAUUAAAUGAAAAUGGACAAACACCACUACAUACAGCAGCUGGUGGAGUGGAAGACUAUUGGCAUGUUUGGCAUGUUAGAUUGAUAGACAGUCCUGAAUUAUGUUCUAUUUUACUAAAACAUGAUGCCAAGAUUGAUGCAGUGGAUAAAGAUGGAAACCAACCACUACACUUGGCAUGUAAACGAGGUCAUACAAGAACAAGUCAUUUGUUACUCUCUAAUGGAGCAGAUGUAAAUGCAUUAAAUGAAAGUGGACAAACACCACUACAUACAGCAGCUGGUGGAGACCGACCGCUACACUUGGCAUGUAAACGAGGUCAUACAAGAACAAGUCAUUUGUUACUCUCUAAUGGAGCAGAUGUAAAUGCAUUGAAUGAAUAUGGACAAACACCACUACAUACAGCAGCUGGUGGAAAGAAAGGCUGUCCUGAAUUGUGUUCUAUUUUACUAGAACAUAAUGCCAAGAUUGAUGCAGUGGAUAAAGAUGGAAAUCAACCACUACACUUGGCAUGUAAACAAGGUCAUACAAGAAGAAGUUGGUUGUUACUCUCUAAUGGAGCAGAUGUAAAUGUAUUGAAUGAAAAUGGACAAACACCACUACAUACAGCAGCUGGUGGAGAGGAAGACUGUCCUGAAUUGUGUUCUAUUUUACUAAAACAUAAUGCCAAGAUUGAUGCAGUGGAUAAAGAUGGAAACCAACCACUACACUUGGCAUGCAGUAGGCUUCACUCUGCAACUUGUAGUUUAUUGGUAUCUCAUGGGGCUAACAGAACGUCUCUAAACAAGCAACAGAAACAACCUGUGGAAUUGGCAAAUGAAUCUGUAAUGAUGAAAUUUGAAGUAGAUAACAGCAAUUAUGGUUUACACAUAGCAUUAAGAAAUGGUUACACUCAUACUGUUCAGCUGUUAGUGGAUUGUGGAGCAGAUGUAAAUAUAUUGAAUGAAGAUGGACAAACACCACUACAUACAGCAGCUGGUAGAAAGAAAGACUGUCCUGAAUUGUGUUCUUUUUUACUAAAACUUAAUGCCAAGAUUGAUGCAGUGGAUAAAGAUGGAAACCAACCACUACACUUGGCAUGUAAACGAGGUCAUACAAGAACAAGUCGUUUGUUACUCUCUAAUGGAGCAGAUGUAAAUGCAUUGAAUGAAAAUGGACAAACACCACUACAUACAGCAGCUGGUAGCUGGGGUAGUAUUUGGAGUGGUAGCUGCAGUCCUGAAUUGUGUUCUAUUUUACUAGAACAUAAUGCCAAGAUUGAUGCAGUGGAUAAAGAUGGAAAUCAACCACUACACUUGGCAUGUAAACAAGGUCAUACAAGAAGAAGUUGGUUGUUACUCUCUAAUGGAGCAGAUGUAAAUGCAUUGAAUGAAUAUGGACAAACACCACUACAUACAGCAGCUGGUGGAAAGAAAGGCUGUCCUGAAUUGUGUUCUAUUUUACUAGAACAUAAUGCCAAGAUUGAUGCAGUGGAUAAAGAUGGAAAUCAACCACUACACUUGGCAUGUAAACAAGGUCAUACAAGAAGAAGUUGGUUGUUACUCUCUAAUGGAGCAGAUGUAAAUGUAUUGAAUGAAAAUGGACAAACACCACUACAUACAGCAGCUGGUGGAGAGGAAGACUGUCCUGAAUUGUGUUCUAUUUUACUAAGACAUAAUGUCAAGAUUCAUGCAGUGGAUAAAGAUGGAAACCAACCACUACACUUGGCAUGCAGUAGGCUUCACUCUGUAACUUGUAGUUUAUUGGUAUCUCAUGGGGCUAACAGAACGUCUCUAAACAAGCAACAGAAACAACCUGUGGAAUUGGCAAAUGAAUCUGUAAUGAUGAAAUUUGAAGUAGAUAACAGCAAUUAUGGUUUACACAUAGCAUUAAGAAAUGAUGACACUCAGACUGUUCAGCUGUUAGUGGAUUGUGGAGCAGAUGUAAAUAUAUUGAAUGAAGAUGGACAAACACCACUACAUACAGCAGCUGGUGGAGAGAAAGACUGUCCUGAAUUGUGUUCUAUUUUACUAAAACAUAAUGCCAAGAUUGAUGUAGUGGAUAAAGAUGGAAACCAACCACUACACUUGGCAUGUGAGGCUGCUUUAACAUCAACAGUUCGACAUCUGUUGGAUUACAAUGCUGAUGUGCUUGCUACAAAUAAUUUUCAUCAAACUGCUCUGCAUAAGGCAGCUUGUAGCAAGAGAGAUUGCCCUGAGGUUUGUGUGAUGCGCAUAGCAAAGGGAGCUCAAGUGAAUGCUACAGAUGGCAAUGGAGACACAUCUCUACAGGUUGCAUUUCAGAAAGGAAAUAUGAGCACAGUUGAUGUGUUAGUUGAAAAUGAUGCUGAUUGCAAUGUAGUGAAUGUGUGUGGUGAGACAUUACUGCACUUGGCUUGUAAGAGUCGUGUUGAAUGUGUUGAGUUGUGUGAUAAGUUGAUAUCACAUGGAGCGAACCCUCAUAUAGCUGACAGAGAAGGAAACUUACCUUUACAUAUUGCUUUGAAGUACAGACUUGCUAAGACAUUUGGCUGUUUGCUUCAAAAGUCAGGUAAAGCCAAAUUAGAUGACUUUCAGAAGGUGACUAUUGAUAAAGAAGAUCUUGUGGCCAUUUUCAGUAGUGCUCAUGAAGCUAACGACAUUAAUACUUGUGGUCAUAUUAUUAAAUUUAGUGCUAAGGUAGACCCUUCAAAUAGAUUAUCUCUGAGAGCACUAAACUGUCAUACAACACUAGGAUACUCACUCAUUCAGAGAGCAGUGAAAGAGCAGAAUAUUAAAUUUUGUCAGCAUUUGAUUGAUCAUGGAGCAUCUGUAAAUGAUGCAGAUGUACCUCACAGCUAUCGAGAUCGUACUUUCAAGGACCCUCCUUUACAUCUAGCAGUAAAGUUGGGACAUACAGAUUUAUGUCGUUUACUUAUAGAACACGGUGCUACUAUUGACCCCGAUAUGAAAGGCAGAAUAGGUCCAUUGCAUUUAGCUGUUGUUAAUGAGCAGAAAGAUGUAGCAAGACUACUUCUGUCUCAUGGCGCUGAUUUGAGUAAAGUUGAAAUUAGUGGAGGAUCUGCUUUGAGGAGAUUAGAUACACGAGGAAAUGUCAAAAUGGCAUCAAUCAUUCAGGCUACCGAAACAUUUCCUGAAGAGAUUGUGUCUCAAGGAGAGACAGCAUUGCGUAUCUAUCUGUCAAGUUGUGAUGAGGGAUCAGCAGUGGAUGUGUUUUUACGUGUUGAUGUUGUCGGUCGUGAUGGUGCCGGUAAGACUAGCUUAACAAAAUCUCUCACUCUGCAGAAGUUCAAUCGUGAUGAGCCGAGCACAAGAGGAGUGGUGUUUGAUCCAAAGUGUCAGAUUAUUGUGAAGGAAGCAUGUGACUGGACCAACCCUCUCACAAGUGCUGACUACACAGAAAUAUAUGAGAAGAAUGUUGUGAUCAAUAUGGCAGAUACACUCGACACACCACAAGUGAAAGAUCAAUAUUUCAAGUCAAAAGAAAGUGAACAGCCAAAGAGACAGAAACACAGACGUGUUGCAAGCAAAUCAUCAAAGCAGGAGCUACAUGAGCAAGCGGCUUCUGUUGGCAUGGAGCUUUCACUGCCUCGUGUACCACUUGAUGAUUUUUCUCAGGAGUUGCCCAUUACUUCUAAAAAACCAACAACUUCCGUAGUUCCACCACCAUCUGUUGCAUCAGAUUUGUUGAUGUUAUCACAAACGUCGUCAAAUUUGUUGCCAAUUGAUGACUUUAGAUAUUUGUCUGACAUCCCAGUCACAAAUGCAAAAGCAUCAGGUGGUACAGGCAUGCUUGUUGCUACAGCAUGUCCCGUGUUAGAUCAGAUUGAAUCAGGUUUUAGAAAUUUAGACAAUUUAGUUUUCGAAGGAGACAGCAAAUCUAUGGCAGGAAGAUAUUCAGUUGAUUUACACAGCAGUCAGGAAAGUAAAGCAGUAAACCAGCGGACAAGCAUUCCAACUGCAAAUUUCCAAUCGGCAAGAAUAAAUGCAACACAAGUGACAUCGAAAUUGUCUGGCAAUGUUGAUGCUCCUUCUACUGAGAACACAACUACUCUACCUCAACACAUUCAAGAAAGGGUUUCUAAGAAUUUGAGAGACCGAAAGUCUCGUCAAAAGGCUAAGAAAGAAAUUAUGCUUACUGUGUUGGACUAUGCUGGUCAGAAUGUGUUCUAUGUCACACAUCAUUUGAUCAUGUCAAAAGCUGGUUUUAUGUACAUCGUGUUUAAUGCUUCUCUGCCAAUGGACGGCAAGACUCCAUGUCAGUUUCGCUUAGAAGAUGGACAAAUUAUCCACAUUCCUUUGUUUGAUAACGAAACAAACUUUGAUCGAUUGGAAGAGUGGGUAUCAGGUGUUCAUAUCAUGGAAGGUGAUCAGUCACGUCGUAUCAUGAUAUUUGAGAAAGUAGGAAUCAGAUCACCUGCCAUGUUUCUAGUAGGAACGCAUGUUGAUGAGCUAAAGGAGCAACCAGGGAUGAUGAAGAAACAGGAUGCAUUUAUAAGGAAGAAAUUGGAAGGCACAGUGCUGGCAGAGCAUAUCAUAUGGGCAUCUAAAGAUGUAAUGUGUUUCUAUGUGGAUAACACAGUGACAGAUCCAGACAGUGGAGUUGUAGAUCCACAGGUAAAAUUGCUUCGUCAGAAGACAGAGGAUGUGGCUCACAAGGUGGCCCAACAUCACAGAUUGCCCAUCAGAUGGCUCAAGUAUGAGCAGAAGGUACGAGAAGUGAAAGUCUCUUCUCCAACAAAGAAGACGACAACUGUUGAUGAAUUACUGCAGCUUGCCAUGAAUGCUGCUGGAAUCAAAAGUCGAGAGGAGCUGUUGGUGUUGCUGCAGUAUUUGAGUAGUCGUGCAGUAUUAAUGUAUCAUCCCAUGGCAUUGAAGAGUGGAGAUGAUGAAGAAGUCGUGUUAGAUGUGGAAUGGUUUGUAUCACAGCUGCAGAAAGUGAUCACGAUAUACAUGGAAGGUGAUGUUCCUCCCAUGUUAUGGAAUGAUGUAAAACGCAGCAAAGAGAAAGGCAUCAUGACAAUGUCUCUUGUGAGACAUCUUUUAUCAGAUGCUGGUUCUGCUCAACAUCUCAUUGUGUCACUGAUGAGGCACUAUGAUUUGCUGUGUGAGUAUUCUGUUUUGGAGGAGAAUCUGAAGACAGCAAGUGAUUACCAGGAUUUUCUUAGUCUGGAAGGAAAAGGAGGUGAAUCACAUUGUGAAGUCAAACGGGACGUGUUUAAGAGUAAGGCUUGCUUCAUUCCUUGUCUUUUGGAGCAUGCGGCUGGUCUUGAGUCAUGCAAGAUGAAUGAUGAGCUGAAGUCAUUGCCCCUCAUCUUGUCAUCUGCUCCCAUUCGCAUUCCUCAGCCAUUAUUCUACAGAGUACUGACUCUUCUCUGUAAACGGUUUCGCCGCUUGGCAGUUAUUUAUCGCAAUGUGGGCUACUUCCACAUCUAUCCUGGUCAUCGACUGGAGUUUGCUCUCAACAGAUACAACUUUCAAAUGACUGUGUUGUCAGAGACACACGCUCCUCUCAAUGCCAAGGUGUGUGUUGCUGUUCGUGAGUGGAUUGUUGAUGUUGUUGACAAGGCAAAACAGCAAGGAAUGCCGGGAUUGAUGUUGCAGUUGGGAUUUGAAUGGGAUGUGCCCACAUUGAAGUCAUCGAACAAUGAGUUCAUCUCUCUGGAUGGAUAUCAACAAUCUCGUUUUCUGCUCUACAGCAAUGUGACAAAACGAGAAGUUCAACCUCCUUCCAGACUUUCCCUUUGGUAUCCACAACUGGAAUGCUCUCAAACUGAAAUAAUGUCAACAGCUUGUGCUUCUCGAAUAUCACAACAUGAUACUGUAAGCUAUGAUACACCAGUGGAGUCUCUCAUUGAUGAACCAACUGCAAAUUGCUUGCUAGAAGUGUCCAAACUUCUAGAUGAAGAUGAUGAUUUAGGAGACGACUGGAGGAGGUUAUGGUCUGAGCUGUUAAACAGACCUCUUAAUGAAGACGUGGUGAGGAAGAGAAGUGAGGGUCCAACUCUUUUUCUGCUAAAGCGAUGGUGCAGCAUGAAACCUCCCAGUGAAGCUACAAUAGGAUGGCUGAUGAAGGCUCUCAAUGCAAUAUACCGAAAUAAUGUUGCUCGUGUACUACAAAGACACAUAGAUAUACCACAGCAAGAUGUGACACCUGAGGAGUUAAAUCAUCUUGUUGACAAGAUAGAAGGAUGUUGGCAAGAGUUUGCUUCAGUUCUUGCACCCAACCUGUUUGAAGUUACAGGAAAAAUUGCUGCCAUAAAACAAGACUAUCCUACUUCUGUACUCCAAGCUAAAGCUAUGUUGGAAAUUUGGCGUAACCAACUUGGUACUAAACCCCAGCGACACUUACUUAUUGAUGCAUUAAUUCAACGAGGACUAAGAUCUCAGGCAGAUGCUGUGUUUGGAGUAGAAGUUGUGAAGGAGAUGUUGAAAGGUACAAGAACAAGUGGCAAGACAGACUGAUGAGACUAGACAAGAGCAUCUGCAUACUCUCAGUGACGAGACAACAUAGGAUCUGUUGUUCAUAGCUUGACAUAUGACGGGCUUCAUUCAAGUCUUGAUACCAAGAAUUCAAGUCUUGAACAGCAAGAUUCUAUAGCUCUAAUGAAUUAAGAUAAAAAACGACUGUCGUACGUGUCAAUAUUAUAAACUGUAGUACAGUGUACAUAUGUGGUGAUGAACGUAUGGUAAAUGCAAGUAGAAAUAUUGCAGUUAAUGUUUGAGUGGCACAUGUUGUAUUGCCAAUCAGUAUGUCUAAUACAACAGAAUGCAGUUUAUAA